CGCCUCCAGCUCCAGAGCAGGACCCGAGUGCUCUCCUCUUCAGCUGCAGACCGGCUCAGGGCGACACGCUUUCCAGACUGGACACUGGCCUGUACAAGCUUCAUGCUUUAGGACUUUUUCACUGCCUUCUAACCUAGUUGUAAAUUUGCUGCAUGCUACAGGUUUAUCUCAGGGAUUCCAGUUACUUGAUGCUGUUUUGUUACAGUUUACGCGCGGUGAUGAGCGCAACAGAACUGGGUCUAUGAUGCGCUGUGUGGUCUGCCCGUGGAGUUCCUCUUCAAAAAUGCAUUUUUUUGUGUUCGCUGUCUUCCUUUACCUCAAAAACGGUGCCAGUGCAGACCCCAAAGCCAAGUGUCCCGCGCGCUGUGACGUGAGCAGCUGCCCGAGCCCCAGCUGCCCCGGAGGGUACGUGCCGGACCGCUGUAACUGCUGCCUGGUGUGCGCACUGGCGGAGGGGGAGCCGUGCGGGCGCAAAGACGACCUGCCGUGUGGUGAGGGGCUUGAGUGCAGGCACCCAGCCGGAAAGCGCCUUUCCAAGGGCGUCUGUCAGUGCAAGCUCAACUAUGAGGUGUGCGGCAGCGACGGCAAGACGUACGGGAAUGUGUGCCAGCUGAAGGCGGCGAGCAGAACAGCGCUGCAGCAGGGUUUGCUAUCCAUCAGCCUGGUGCAGAAGGGGCCGUGUGACUCCACUACAGGUCCCUCUCAUGUGGCCAGUCCUCGCUACAAGUUCAACUUCAUCGCUGAUGUGGUGGAGAAGAUUGCUCCUGCUGUGGUGCACAUAGAGCUCUUUCUAAAACACCCUCUGUUUGGUCGGACCAUCCCUCUGGCCAGCGGCUCAGGGUUUGUGAUGUCUGAAAACGGUCUGAUUGUCACUAAUGCACAUGUAGUGUCCAGCAACACCCAGGUCUCCGGUCAGCAACACCUCAAGGUCCAAAUGCAAAAUGGGAACGUGUUUGAAGCCAGUAUCAAAGACAUUGAUAAGAAGUCAGACAUUGCUACCAUCAAAAUUAACCCGCAGUCCAAGCUGCCAGUCCUCUUUCUGGGCCACAGUGCCGACUUGAGGCCUGGAGAGUUUGUGGUGGCUAUCGGCAGCCCCUUUGCCCUCCAGAACACAGUGACCACCGGCAUCGUGAGCACAGCACAGAGGGAUGGCAAAGAGCUGGGGCUGCGGGACUCCGACAUGGACUACAUUCAGACUGACGCUAUUAUCAAUUAUGGCAAUUCUGGAGGACCUCUUGUCAAUCUAGAUGGAGAAGUUAUAGGCAUCAACACAUUAAAAGUGGCUGCAGGGAUCUCCUUUGCCAUUCCCUCAGACAGGAUCACACGUUUCCUCAAUGAUUCCAUGGACAAAUUCAGCAAAGACACAAGGCUGAUUAAGAAGAGGUUCAUCGGCAUACGGAUGCUGACCAUCACACCCGCGCUGAUAGAGGAGCUGAAACAGCAGAACCCAGACUUCCCUGAUGUCUCCAGUGGGAUCUAUGUGCACGAGGUGGUCCCUCACUCUCCAGCUCAGAAAGGAGGCAUUAAAGACGGGGAUAUCCUGGUUAAACUCAAUGGUAAACCCCUGCUGACCACAGCUGACCUACAGGGGGCGCUGCAGGAGGAAACGGCCCUGCUGCUGGAGGUGCGGAGGGGCAAUGACGACCUCCUGUUUAACAUUGAGCCUGAUGUGAUCAUGCAAUAACCCAAGUGUACUUUAGCCUUAAUUAACUGUUCUUAGACCAGUGGUCUUAAGAUUGUACUGUCCCACUGGGGACUGAUGCUGAACAACUCAGGACAGUGGACAGCUGAAUGGUACUUGGGACAACCUCCUUCAAACCAGAAGAGUGACACACCAGCAAGAUUCUUUCACAAAAUAUAUUAUACUCUUGAUGCUUCUGUAGGCGUGGCUUCAGAGGCUAGUGUAUAAUUCCGUGGUCGAUUUAAAAUGUGAUGUUUUUAAUAAUGACUUUAUUUUGCAACUGUCUGAGUCAUUUGUUCUUCAUUUGAACAAACACGUGCGUCAUGUACUUUGAGCAUCCUGGAGAUGCAACAUCUUCAUAACUGACACUUCUUCCUUUAUUAGUAUAUUAAUGACAAUGUUAGUAUUUUAGUGAGUAGCUCUUGACCAAUUUAAGCAUGUUGCCACAAGUGAGCUCCUGUUGUAGCCACUAACACUCAUCUGGUCUGCAAACAAGAGUAAUGGUUAUUAUCAUGUUACCAUACUGUCUACUGCCUCCAUUUAAAUGGUUUAACUAAAGCAUGCAUAUAAUUUAUCUGACAACAGUGUUAACACCCCACUGAUGCUAACUGCUAAUUCCAUCAUAAACAAAGAAUUGUAUUUUGCUGCACAUUUUUAUGUAAGCUACAGAGGAGUAAUGGGUUUGGCUCAUGUUGAGUAAAGUGAGGUACUUUAGAGGAUGAGGUUAUGCUGGCAUGGGGCUUUAUUAAAUAGUCCUUUUGUGACAGGGACUGUAUAUCUGUUGGGUUUUUUUGUUUUUUUGUUUUGUUUUGUUUUUUACAAUAAUCUGACGUACUGUUCAAGUUUCCAUCCAAUAAACACUUGAGUAUCAACACAUUUCAAUUGUAAAUCAUAUCAAAACCUAUGCCCAUCUGUAUGCAUUAAACUUUUACAACCAC